AUGCCCCGGGAGAUCAUCACCCUGCAGCUGGGCCAGUGCGGCAACCAGAUUGGGUUCGAGUUCUGGAAACAACUGUGCGCCGAGCAUGGUAUCAGCCCCGAGGGCAUCGUGGAGGAGUUCGCCACCGAGGGCACUGACCGCAAGGACGUCUUUUUCUACCAGGCAGACGAUGAGCACUACAUCCCCCGGGCUGUGCUGCUGGACCUGGAGCCCCGGGUGAUCCACUCCAUCCUCAACUCCCCCUAUGCCAAGCUCUACAAUCCAGAGAACAUCUACCUGUCAGAGCACGGAGGAGGAGCUGGCAACAACUGGGCCAGCGGCUUCUCCCAGGGCGAGAAAAUCCAUGAAGAUAUCUUUGACAUCAUAGACAGAGAAGCAGAUGGCAGUGACAGUCUAGAGGAAGGUGAAAAGAACACAUCCACUUGCUGGGAGGGUGGUAUACCCCAAAUCCAAGGGACAGAAGCGCCUGUGCUGGGGACCCUUCCAGACCAGGGACUUUCUCUUCGUCUGGCUGUUUAUUCAUAAUAUAUCCUUUAAAAUAUCCUUUAUAUUAUAAUA